UAGGAAGACUAAGCAGAGUGCUGUUUGGAGUGACAAUUUGCCCAUGACCAGCAACUCGCAAUUAAGCAGCAGCGCCACACUGUCAGGAAUUCCGGAGGCCGGAGACAGCUCGCCGCGCGCUGCCCGCCGGUAGGUUUUCCAGUAUUUCAUCGUCCCCCCUAUAACUAAUUUCUAGUGCCGCCGCUGGUGGAAUGUUGAACAUCCAGUGAGUGCUUUUCUGAUGCUUACUUUCCACUUAAGGUUAGUUUUCCUUGAAUGUUGAAGACCCCCCUCCCCAACCCAUCUUGUACAACUAGCACUAAAUCACCAAUCCAUGGAAACUGUAUCGCUAAACCCAUUCUUAACGUUUAAGAAACCCCUUCUAUCGUUUCCGGCUGUUCAUCUUUUCAGUGAGACCCCGAAAAAUGCAUUCUUCAUUACGUGUCCAAGAUUUGAACUUUCUUCAAAAUCAGGGUUUCAUUUCUGUAUGGCAUGCUGCAUAAAUCCAUCUAGAAAUUAUAAUGAUGAAAUUUUGGAUUUUGAUGAUGAUGAAAGCGAAGAAGAUGAAUACAUUGUUAGUGAAGUAAGUGGGGGGACAUCUGACAGUGUAGAUUGGGAAGCUAAGUUUCUAGGAGAAAUGAGGAUUUCUCCAAAGAAGACAAAAGAAAAGCAACCCAAGUCUAGGUUGCUCCAUGAUACCGACAAAAUGGAUUGGUGUACGAAGGCAAGGAAAAUUGCACUUAAGUCUAUUGAGGCUAGAGGAUUAACCCCUGUUGCAAAGGGCAUAAUAAUUGAUGGUGAGAACACUAAAAAGAAGAUCAAGAAAAAGUUCCAGACUAAAAAAAAGGUUGAACAAUUUGUCAAAACAGAUGAUGAGAUGUUAAAUUUUAAUUCAAAGGAAGACGGUUUUGAUUUGGAUGAUGAACGUUUAUCUGAUACUAAUGAUGAUAAUAAUAAGAAUGAUAUCAAGAGGAAUAUAAGUGUAUUUGCUGGUGCUAUGUUCGAAGAGAGGAGGGCUAAAACAAUGGAAACAUUCGUCGAAAGGCUUUCCCGAUUUUCAGGCCCAUCAGACCGUAGGAAAGAAAUCAGCUUGAACAAAGCAAUUGUUGAUGCCCAAACUGCUGAGGAAGUUCUGGAAGUUUCCUCUGACACAAUCAUGGCUGUUGCAAAAGGUCUCACCCCUUCACCACUUUCUCCUCUGAAUAUUGCCACCUCAUUGCAUAGAAUCGCUAAGAACAUGGAGAAUGUUUCCAUGGCCACAAGCCAAAGGUUGGCAUUUGCCCGUCGUAGGGAAAUGUGUAUGCUUGUCGCCAUUGCAAUGACAUCCUUGCCCGAGUGCUCGCCACAGGGUGUCUCAAAUAUUGCAUGGGCAUUGUCAAAGGUGGGUAAUGGGUUGCUCUAUCUGUCUGAAAUGGAUAGAGUUGCAGAGGUGGCAUCAGCUAAGAUUGAUGAGUUCAAUUCACAAAAUGUUGCUAAUGUAGCAGGUGCUUUUGCUUCUAUGCGUCAUUCUGCUCCUGAACUUUUUACCGGAUUAUCAAGAAGAGCCUGUGCUGUAAUUCACACAUUUCAGCCACAAGAAAUUGCCCAGAUGUUGUGGGCAUUUGCUUCACUUUAUGAACCUGUGGAUCUGUUGCUUGAUGCUUUAGAUCAUGUUUUUAGUGAUCCCAAUCAAUUCCAGUGCUGCUCGGAUUAUAAGGUGAAGAGAACAGGUCCCAGCAUAUCCCAUGAAGAAAGCGGAGCAGAAAGUGGUGGCCUUACUGACAAACUGCAAACUGUAUCAACUUCUCCUGUUCUUGUUUUCAACCGAGAUCAGCUCGGUAAUAUAUGCUGGUCAUUUUCUGUUUUCGGGCAAUUGGAUCGAGUUUUCUUCUCCCAUGUGUGGAAUACUAUGAACCAUUUUGAGGAGCAACGCAUUUCUGAACAGUACAAGGAGGAUGUCAUGUUUGCCUCUCAAGUUCAUCGAACAAACCAGUGCUUGAAGCUAGAGUACCCAAAUCUUCCCUUAUCCCUUAAACCAGGUCUUGAGGAAAAAAUCUCUUGCGCUGGAAGAACCAAAAGAUUUAAUCAGAAAGUGACCUCUUCCUUCGAGGAAGAGGUUGCCCGCCUUCUUGUUAGCACUGGGCUAGAUUGGGUGAGGGAAUAUGAUGUAGAUGGUUACACAUUGGAUGCAGUUGUGAUUGACAAAAGAAUUGUUCUUGAGAUUGAUGGUCCCACACAUUUCUCAAGAAACAUAGAAUCACCAUUAGGUCAUACAAUGCUGAAGCGCCGGUACAUAACUGCGGCUGGGUGGAAACUUGUAUCUGUCUCUCAACAGGAAUGGGAAAAGCUUAAAGGGGGGUUUGAACAGCUAGACUUCCUUCGAGGAACUCUCAGACAUCACAUCUAUGAAGGAAACAGCAAUCUCGUUCGAGCAGGGGAAAUGAGGAAUCUGCAAUGAAAAUGAAACAUUAGGUGGAACGAUUUGUUUCCAAUAAGAGUAUGUUUGGAAGUUAGUUUUUGUAAGGGAGAAGAGCGUGAGGAGGAUUUAUGAAAUAGAUAGUUUUGGUGGAGUCUUCUUGUAACUACCAAUUCCAAACAAGAAGUAUUUCAUUCACUUUUCCUUCCUACCGCUAACCUUCAAAGCCUUCUCCUCCCCUUCUUCCAAACUCUCAAGCAUACCUUAGGUAUGUUUGGGAGUUUGAAGGGAAGGGGAGGGGAAGACUUUGGAGGUAUGUUGUUGGAGGGGAAAGGGAGGGGGAGGGUGAGUAAGCACUUCUUUGUAUUUGGGAGUAAUAAAACUGGAAGAAGAGGGUUUUUGAAAGAAUUAUAAUUAAAAUCACCUUCAGAUAUGAUGAAUUCAAAUCAUUGAGCUGAUAUUCAUUUUUAAUUUAGCUUAAAUUACCAUCUUGUUAAUUAUCCUCCAAAACCCUCCAAAUUGGGGGAACUUAAAAAUUAAGCAUUUGGAGGGUUUUGAAGGGUCACAAAAACCCUCUAAAAUCAUCUCCUCCAAUUUUUUAAACUCCCAAACAUGAAAAAGAGUGUCAUAAGCCCACAUUAACUUUUCCCUCCCCUCUAAAACCCAACUCUCAAACACACCUAAGGGCCGGUUGGAUAGGGGAUUUCGGAGGAGAGGAGAGGGAAAGGGAGAAUGGAUUUUUUUACUUUAUUAAUCUAUAUGCAGUUUGGUAGUUUUAGACUACAAAUAACUACUCCCUCCGUCCCGCUAACAAUGGGACAAGAGGGAGUGACACGCAAAUUAAUAAAAAGUGAUUUUUGUGGUUGC